GUAUGACACACGCGGGGGGGGCUGGGGGCGACGCGCUGCGCCUGGAGCUGCGCCGGCCCCGCCUGCGCGCCGGCCCCGCCCGCCUGGAGCUGCGCUGCGAGGAGCUGCGCGGCUGCUUCGAGUCGGGGGAGCUGGGCGAGGUGCCCUGCCUGCGCCUGGGCCCCGGCCCCGACCCCCACGGCGGCCCCCGGCCCCUGCUGCCCACGCUGGAGGUGACGAUGGCCCCCCGCGGCCCCCGGCGCCCCCCGGGCCCCCCCCCGGCGCCCCCCCGAGCCCCGACGAGCCCCCCCCGCCCCCCCCGUCGCCCUUCUCCGCCCGCCGCAGCCUCUACGAGGGCCACGAGCGGGUGCUGCCGGGCAGCGCGGCGGAGCUGGGGGCCUUCGCGGGCCGGGCGCUGGGGGGGGCCGCCUGGCGCCUGGGGGUGUCGCUGCCCUGCGCCCACCUGCGCCUGCCCGGGGCCCCCCUGGCCCAGCGCCUCUACAACAGGAUCUAUAACGACCUGCUGCUGUGGGAGCCCUCCUACCCCGGCCCCGCCCCCCGGAGAGCCACGCCCCCUCCGAGGGCCACGCCCACGCGGACGGCCACGCCCCCUGCCGGGGCGCCCGCCCCCCUCCCCCGCCGGCCCCGACACCUUCAAGCCCUGCAAGUCGGCGGCCCGGCUGGAUUCGGACUCGGAGGAGGAGGAGGAGGAGGAGGAGGAGGGGGGGGAGGAAGAGGAGGCGCCGCCGGAGCCGGAGCCGGAGCCCGAGGGGCUGAGCCGCGUCGCCGCCAGCGUCACCGUGCUGCAGGGCCGCGUCACCGUCCUCUGCGACACCAAGGACGAGGGGGGCCGCACGGUGCCGGGGGCCCACGGGGAGCUGGUGCUGGACGUGGGCGGCUGCACGGCGGUCGCCGUCUCCCGCUUCGAGGGCCGCGAGGGCCGCGGCUACGUCUGCGUCGAGGCGCAGCGCUUCGCCCUCUACCACGAAGGCGCGGUGCCGGGGCCGCCGUCGGGGGGGGCCCCCGAGCUGCCGGGGGGGGCGCCCCCCCCCCACCUGCGCCCCACGCUGCUGCCCUGGGAGGAGCCGGCGCCGCCCCCCCCCGGCGCCCCGCGGCCCCCCCGCAUGCUGGCCGCCGCCGCCGCCCUCGCCCUGCGCCCCGCCGCCAACGUCAAGGAGAUCCUGGUGUCGGUGUUGCUGGAGGGGGUGUCGCUGCGGCACCGCCUGGGCCCCGCCCAGAACAGCUGGAACCAACAGCUGCUGGAGUUCCUGGCGCUGGCGGACGAGGCCGUGCCGGGCUACGCGCCGCCCACCCCCGUCACCGAGCUGCACGUGCACCUGGCCCGCUGCGCCCUCGACUACAGGCCGCUCUACCUGCCGCUGCGGGUCCUCGUCACCGCCGACUCCUUCAGCGUCUCCAGCAACAUCGUCACCGACACCUCCGUCUUCCUCAUGAGGUUCAUCGUGGACGACGCGGCCGUUUUCCUCUCGGACAAAGACCGGAGCGAGAGCCUCGACCUGUGCCGAGACUACGUGUGCGUGGCGGAGGUGGACGUGCUGGAGCUGCUGGUGACCUGGAGGGGCAGCGCCGACGGCCGGGCGCCGGGGGCCCCCCGGGAGGAGCUGCGCUGCCCGGCCGCCCGCGCCCGCCUCCGCACCUGCGCCGACUCCGCCGCCGCCCUCGGCCGCCUCCUGCGCUACCUGGGGGCCCGCGGAGACCUGCGCCCCCCCGGCCGCCCCACGGCGCGACCCACGGCGGCCCCCGCCGCCCCCCGCCGCCCCCAGGCGCCGGCCGCCAUCAACCAGCAGGACCUGGCGGACGCCCUGCUCGACGCCCCCCCCCCGCCCCACGGCGCCCCACGGCCCCCCGACGGGGCGCCGCCGCCCCCCCCGGUCUCCGUCUACCUCUUCCCCGGCGAGGGGGGGCCCCGGCCCCACGGCGGCCCCACGGCAGCCGCCCCCGGCCCCACGGCGGCCCCCCCCGGCCCCACGGCCCCCCCCGGCCCCACGGCGGCCCCCCCCGAGGGCGGCGACGCCUCCGACCCCGACGGCUUCUGCAUCCUCGACGCCCCCGGCACCGGCAUCCCCCCGCGGGACGGGGAGCCGGUGGUGCGGCGCCUGGCGCCGGGGCGGCUGCGGGUGCGGGAGGGGCACUUCGGGUGCCCGCGGGGGGGCGCCGACCUGCUGCGCCCCCCCCCCGGGCUGCCCCCCCCCCCGCCGCCGCCUGCUGCUGCGCGACGCCGCCCUGGGCUGGCACCUCUACGGGGGGCGGGACUUCGGGCCUGGCCCCGCCCCCGCCGCUGGGCCCCGCCCCUCCCGGGGGGGCCCCGAGCGCCCGCAGGACGCCUGGCGCAGCCGGGGGGGUCCCGGGCGCCUCCAGCACCUGCUGGUGGAGCUGCAGCUCAGCAAGGUGAGCCUGCAGCACGAGAGCUACGUGGAGGAGGAAGAGGAGGAGGAGGAAGGCGGCCGCGCCGUGGGGCAGCGCCGUGGGGCAGCCGUGGGGCCGGGCGAGCGCCCCGAGGAGGAGGAGGAGGAGGAAGGCCGCGCCGUGGGGCAGCGCCGUGGGGCAGCCGUGGGGCCGGGCGAGCGCCCCGAGGAGGAGGAGGAGGCGGCGGAGGAAGGCGGCCGCGCCGUGGGGCAGCGCCGUGGGGCAGCCGUGGGGCCGGGCGAGCGCCCCGAGGAGGAGGAGGAAGAGGAGGAAGGCCGCGCCGUGGGGCAGCGCCGUGGGGCAGCCGUGGGGCCGGGCGAGCGCCCCGAGGAGGAGACGGCGGAGGAAGGCAGCCGCGCCGUGGGGCAGCGCCGUGGGGCAGCCAUGGGGCCGGGCGAGCGCCCGAGGAGGAGGAAGAGGAGGAGGAGGAAGGCGGCCGCGCCGUGGGGCAGCGCCGUGGGGCAGCCGUGGGGCCGGGCGAGCGCCCGAGGAGGAGGAGGAGGAGGAAGAGGAGGAAGGCCGCGCCGUGGGGCAGCGCCGUGGGGCAGCCGUGGGGCCGGGCGAGCGCCCCGAGGAGGAGGAGACGGCGGAGGAAGGCGGCCGCGCCGUGGGGCAGCGCCGUGGGGCAGCCGUGGGGCCGGGCGAGCGCCCCGCCGCCCGCCAAGUGCUGCUGGUGCAGGAGCUGGAGGUCCGCGACCGGCUGGCGGCUUCGCGGGCCCAGAGGCUGCUGCGGCCCCGGGGGGGGCCCCGGCGCGGCCCCCGCCCCAUGGUGCCUCUCGGUGAAGGCUCUGCACGUGCUGCCCCAGUCGCCCCCGGGGGCCCCCGAGUGCUGCUUGCGGGUGGCCCUGCUGCCCCUGCGCCUCGACCUCGACCAGGACACCCUCAUCUUCCUCAAGGACUUCUUCAGCGAGGUGGCCAGCGGCGUCGGCCCCCCCAAGGCCCCCCCGGCGCCCCCCCACGCCUGCCCGGACGCCGGGGCCCCCCCCGUGCUGGCGGCGGCGGCGGAGGAGGAGGAGGAGGAGGAGGAGGCCGAAGCCGAGCAGCCCAUCUACUUCCGGGAGUUCCGCUUCACGGCCGAGGUGCCCAUCUGGCUCGACUACCACGGCAAGCACAUCGCCAUGGACCAGGGCGCCUUCGCGGGGAUCCUCCUGGGCCUGGCGCAGCUCAACUGCUCCGAGCUCAAGCUCAAGCGUCUCUGCUGCCGCCAGGGGCUGCUGGGGCUGGAGAAGGUGCUGAGCUUCGCCCUGGGCGAGUGGCUGAGCGACAUCCGCCGCAACCAGCUGCCGGGGCUGCUGGGGGGCGUGGGGCCCGUGCACGCCGUCCUCCAGCUCCUGCAGGGCGCGCGGGAGCUGCUGUGGCUGCCGCUGACGCGGUGCCGGCGCGACGGGCGUCUCGUCCGGGGGCUCCAGCGCGGCGCCGCCUCCCUCGGCGCCUCCACCGCCGCCGCCGCCCUCCGCCUCGGCGCCCGCCUGCUCCAGGCCCUCCAGGCGGUGGCGGCGACGCUCUACGAGGUUGUGGCCCCCCCCGGCCCCCCCCGGGCCCUGCCCCCGCCCCGGCCCCGGCCCCCCCCGGGCGCCGGCACCGUCCCCGAGUGUCUCCAGGUCCCGCUGUCCUCGCGGGGGACGGUGGCAGCGGCCGCUCUGCUGCGAGGGGGGAGCCUGGGCCGACCCCGGGCGGCCACCAAGGCCACCAAGGCCACCAAGGCCACCACCACGGCCACCACCACCACUGCCACCACCACGGCCACCACCGCUGUCACCGCUGUCACCGCGGCCACCGCCGGCCUCCUGGGAGGCUCCCGGGGCCACCCGCGUCCCCCGGCCACCCGCCCGCCCGGCCGCACGCGGCACCGCGACGAGGGGACGCCGUGACGUCGGGGACGUCGGGGACUUCGGGGGACGUCGGGGACAGGGUGACCCACCCGGGGACAUGGGCCACCCCCAGGGAUGCCACAGGACCCCGGGACGCUGGGGGACACGGGCCACCCCCGGGGACACCGUGGGGACAAGUGCC